AUGGGGAAUGGACCAUCAAAGUUAAAAGAAGCGCAAAGAAAAAGAUUUCGUGCACGUAAUCAAAGGGAAAGUUUGUCGUCAACCAUUUGCUCUACGGCUUCGCGCGAAAAUUCGAGCAAUCAAUGGUAUCGAUUUUCGUACGGUCGACGGUAUCAAAACGUCGAAAAUCCGAAUGAUGAAGAUGAGAUGGCACGACUACAGCUUUUACACUAUCUAGUCAAAUCAAGUUGGCAAUCUGAUUUUUCAUCGCCGAUAGCAGGACAACUAGAGUCCGGGAAUUGCAGGGUUCUCGAUUGCGGCUGCGGCCCAGGCACAUGGUUAAUGGAACUCGGAUCUGACAAUCCAGACUCAUAUUUCACUGGAAUUGACUGUUGCCCAGUUUUUCCCACAGACAUAAAACCACGAAACGUCGAAUUUCAAUGCGCAAACAUACUAGACGGCCUCCCGUUCGAUGACGACACGUUCGAUUUUGUGCAUAUGCGAUUCAUGGUCGGCUCAUUUACAUCUGAGCAAUGGAAUUUCAGUGUCAUUCCGGAAUUGGUGCGAGUCUGUAAGCCGGGUGGAUUUUUGGAGUGCAUGGAGUCGGACAUGAAGUGGAUGCAUAGUGGUCCUGCUACAGAAUGUUUGAUGAAGACGUCGUUUUCAUUUCUUGCUUCACAUGGAAUUGAAGGAAUAAUACAUCCGCAUCUACAUGAAUAUCUUCGACGUACAAAUAGACUGGCUAACAUUCAUUAUGCGCAUAAAAAUAUACCGGUCGGGAAGCCCGGUGAAUUGACAUUUCAGGUUGCUCAACAAACAUUGGAGGCAAGCAAAGUACAUUUGAGCGAAUUCCUUCAAAUAUCACAUGACGAAUACGACGAGCUGAUCCGUAUCGCCUGUAGGGAAUUUGAAGAGUAUAAGACCAUGGUUACGAUGUUUCGAUUUUGGGCUCAAAAGAUUUGA